UCUGAGCAUUCUACACUCUUAUUACUCAACUUGCAUUAAUUUUCUCGAGUACUUCAGAGAAAAACGGUUUUAUAUUUUCUCUUCAUAAUUAGAGAAAAACUGUUCAUCUUCUUCCACUAUUUUCCAUAACUCUGUUUUCCCCUGUUUCAUAUCAAAAGUCAUGGAUUACACUUCGAAUUAUACACCAAUUGGGAAAAGAACAAGGCUUCAAAGAUCAAUAAACAUGGAAAAAUUACUCAAGGCGAAUAAAAAGGCAAGAAUUGAAGCUAAAACCGAAUUUAAGAAGAAAAAAGAGAAAGAAAAUGGUACUGGGUACUUUUCAAUGGGUCGUCAUGAUGAUGAUGAUGAUGAUGGUGAUGAUGAUGUGGAAGCAAUGGUGAUUGAUGAAGCAGAAUUUUUAAAAGGAAUUCGUCAUUCUGAAUUUGAGAAAAAUUCACCUAUAAAGACUGAGAUGGGUGUUGAUGAAACUGCAAAUUUGGGAACUUUUGAUGAUGUUCAUCAUGUUGAUAAUGUUUUUGAUGAGGGUUUAUGUGAAAAGAAAGAGACCGUUUUGAAUUAUGCUUUAUUGUGUGAGGAUAGUGAUAAUUCUGUGGAAAUUGUAGAGGAGAGAUGGAAUCCUUUGGGGAUGGAUGAUGAUGGUUCUGAAGAUGAUGAUGAUGAUGAUAAUGGGGAUCAUCAUGUUACUGAGGACAUAAAUGAAAAGAAAGCAGAAUAUUCAGAUGUUGAGUCUUCUUCUUCUUCAAGUGAGGAAGAUGAUAAUGUUGAUAGUGAUAAUGAUUUUGAUGAAGAGAAUCCGGAAGAUUCUUCGAGUUCCGAGCUUUUAAGUUCGGAUGAUGAUGAUGAUGUUCAUGUUCAUGAAGAUGGUGGUGAUCAUGUUCAUGUUCAUGAUGAUGGUGGUGGUUUUGAUCAUGUUCAUGAUGAUGGUGGUUGUGAUGAUGGUAAUGGUAGUAGGUCAGUCAUGAAAAAUAAGCAUGAAAGGAAGAAGAAAGUGCAAGUUUCGAGUGGUGAUUAUGGAAAGAGAGCAACCACUAUUGAUAAUCCCAUAGAGAAAAAUUCCCCUAGGAAAAAAUCAGGGACAAUCCAUUUUCCUAUAACCGUGGAUGAGACAACUCCAUCUCCAUUUCCAUUUUCAUCUCCAUCUGGAUCUCGAUAUCGAUUUCGAGCUCAUGGCAAGGACUCUAAGCUGCCUGAUGAUGGUGGAGAGAAGACACAAGAGAGGCCACCCAAGAAGGAAAAUGUUGAGGUAGAGCCUACACUUGAGAAGAAGCAUAGAAAAAAGAAGCUAAAGCCUAAGGAAAUUGAAAACAUUUUGCUUAAUACAAUCUUGGAGAAAGGGUUAGGUGACUACUUUGUAACAUCUAUGGAUCAUGAGGAGGAUCUUGUCCGAAAAUUUCGCUUUGGUGUUAAGACUGUGUUACCUGAUGAAAAAUCCGAAUAUGAAAUCGAGUUAGAAAGCCUCUUCCAGGAGCUCAAUUUCGGACUUGGAGUUAUUGAUAUCGGUUCAGAGACUUCUUGUUUGGAUCACAAUGAAAAAGAAGACGCUGUUCUUUGCGAUAGUGCAAUUAUGCAAGAGAAACUUUGCAGCCAAGGAAAGCAUUAUCUAAUACACGACGAAGAAAUUGGAAUCAGAUGUAAAUUUUGCUUGUUUGUGGAGCUUGAGAUAAGAGAUGUAACACCAGAUUUUAACAAGAAUCCAUUUGGAAGUUCAAAACACAGACACUGCGGAAUGUUUCCAAACGAUACAAAUGUCAGCUCUGACAGAUUUGAGCUUCCUGGUUCAAACAAGGAUUUUGCAGCAGAUCAUGAAAAUGAUACUAGAGGUACGGUGUGGGAUCUCAUUCCAGGAACAAAGGAUAAACUAUAUGAGCACCAGCAGAAGGGAUUCGAGUUCAUGUGGACUAAUGUAGCUGGAGGAAUAAAACUCGAAAACCUUAAUAACACUUCUAAGUAUGGUUUAGGAGGAUGCAUCAUUUGCCAUGCUCCUGGGACAGGGAAAACUCGGUUAGCCAUUGUUUUCCUACAAUCUUUCAUAAAGCAAUACUCCAUGUCAAAACCUAUCAUCAUUGCUCCUAGUAGCAUGCUUCUCACAUGGGAAGAGGAGUUUGCGCGAUGGAAUGUAGAUGUCCCGUUUUUAAACCUCAACAAUGCUGAACUCUCUAGAAAGGAGAUUGAGGCUCUUGCAUAUGUGGAUAAUCUCAAGAACUGCAAGGCUGUUAGAGAGACAAAGCUUUGUAUUUGGGCCAUGGGAAAGGGAAUAUUGGGAAUUAGCUACACGCUGUUUGAGCAACUUGCUGGUGAGAGGGAAGACAAAGAAAAGAAGGAAACACAUAAUAAGAAGGACUCACAUAAGAAGGAAAGAUAUGAGAUAGUAAAGAAAGCCCUUCUUGAGCAGACAGGUGUAUUGAUUCUUGAUGAAGGGCACACACCAAGAAAUGAGACUAGUAAGAUAUGGAAGGUUUUAUCCGAGGUUAAAACAAAGAGAAGAAUCAUACUUUCAGGGACUCCUUUUCAGAAUAACUUUGAGGAGCUGUACAAUACAAUUUCUCUAGUAAGAGAGGAGUUUGGAGAUCCAUUUAACCGCGGAGUUUAUUUGAAAGGUGGGCCGAAAAUUAAAACAGAUAAAAAGAUUGAGGAUUUGAGGAACCGGAUGAAGCACUUUGUUCAUGUUCAUAAAGGGGAGAUUUUAAGGACGACUCUUCUCGGGUUGUUCCAUUCAGUGCUGAUUUUGAAUCCUUCUGAGUUACAGACGACAUAUUUUAAGCACUUGGCAAAUGUUAGAAAUGGACUAAAAUCAGAUCACUUGGUAUCGAUUGCUUCAGUACACCCGUGGCUUUUAUGCACGUCUGAACCACUGCCUGAUUUUGUAGAUGAGAAGACACUGAAUAAACAUAAAACAGACUUGGCUGCAGGGGUGAAAACUCAGUUUUUGUUUGAGCUGAUUAAGCUUAGUAAAGGGGAGAAAGUGUUGGUUUUUAGCCAAUUUUUGCAUCCCUUGACCUUCAUUGGAGAUUUGCUGAAAUUACAUAUGAAUUGGAGUGAGGGGACAGAGUUUUUGUUCAUGGAAGGGAAGCAAAGGCCGAAACUAAGGCAAUCAUUGAUCAAGCUAUUCAAUGACCCAGGAAGUGAAGCACGAGUUCUACUAGCCUCGACAAAGGCAUGCUGUGAAGGGAUUCACCUAGUUGGUGCCUCAAGAGUGGUGUUGCUCGAUGUUGUAUGGAACCCAUCAGUUGAAAGGCAAGCCAUAAGCCGCGCUUAUAGGCUAGGUCAGACGAAGGAUGUAUUUGUAUAUCAUUUGAUCACCGCGGGAACACUGGAAGGAGACAAGUACUACAGGCAAGUGGAAAAAGACCGCCUUUCUGAGAAAGUUUUUACUUGUACUGAAGGGGAAGGAGGACAGAACACAACCACAUUGUCAAGUGUUUCAGAGGAUCGGAUUCUGAAUGAGAUGAGACAGCAUGAGAAAUUGCAGCACAUGUUUAAGGAUAUCAUUUACCAGCCGAAAGCUGACAAGUUAAUUGAGAGCUUUGGUCCUCUAAACCAAUAGCAUGGUCUGAAUCCUUUGGUAUUUUGGUGACUGAUAACUCAGCUAUUCUGCUUUACUAUUUGAGCCUGAUGCUGCUCAUA